AUGAGUACUUCUGAUAAGGCUGAUCGUUCAUUAAAACCUUAUUGGUAUCCAAUGUUUGAUAACGAAGAAAAUGAAGUGUUACCAUAUUUAAAGGCUAAUGUAAAAAGGUCUGGUAUUAACACAAUAAUUAUUGAUUUCAUUGUAAAACUCUUAGGAGUAAUAUUUGUUGCUUCAAUUGUUUUUGUUGGUUCAAAACAAUUAUAUGGAUUAUACGACCUUUCUUUCCCUAUCUUCUCUCAACAAAACGCAAAAGCCUUAUGUAUCUCUGCUUCUAUAUUUUCUAUUCUUUUUAUUGUAAUGAUUUAUUUUAUUGCAAAAAAAGAACCAUCAGUUUAUCUUGUUGGGUUUUGUACUGCUAAACCACCAGAAGAACUUGCAACAACAAAUGAACAAUUUCAAAAAUUUACUGAAGACAUUAAACGUUUUAAUCCAAAAUCAUUAGAUUUUCUAUCACGUUUAAUUCAUAGAACAGGAUUAGGUGAUCAUACUUAUUUACCACCAGCAUUUCAUACUGUUCCACCUGAUGAUACAUAUAAAUCUUCAAGAUAUGAGAUGGAGAUAAAUAUUAAAAUUGCCUGUGAUGAAUUAUUUAAUAAAUUAAAGAUUGAUCCACAAAAAGAUAUUGACUUUGUAAUUACUAAUUGUUCUAUGUUUGCUCCAACUCCAUCACUAUCUGCAAUGAUUAUGAAUAUUUACAAAAUGAAAGAAACAUGUAAAAAUUAUUCAUUAGGUGGAAUGGGAUGUUCCGCUGGAUUAAUCUCUAUUGAUUUAGCAAGAGAUUUAUUAAGAUGUAAUAAAAAUAUUAAUAUUUUAGUUUAUUCUACUGAAUGUAUUACUAGAGGGUGGUAUCCUGGACAAGAAAAAGGAAGGUUAUUAUCUGAUACUUUAUUUAGAAUGGGUGGAGCUGCUAUUUUAUUAUCUAAUAAAUCAAAGUAUUCAUCUACUGCACCAUAUAAAUUAGUUACUAGUGUUAGAAUUAAUCACCAAAAAUAUGAUGAUUCUUAUAAUUGUAUUUUCCAAUCUGAAGAUGAUGAUGGAAUAGUAGGAGUAAAAAUUGGAAGAGAUUUAUUAAAAUGUGUUACAAGAGCAUUAGUCCAAAAUUUAAAUCAAUUAAUGCCAGUGGUAAUGAGUUGGAAAGAUAUCUUUUUAUAUCUUAUUGAUAUGAUUCAACAUAAAUUAAAUAUGAAAAAGAAAGAAGAUAUCUUUAAACCUAAUUUCAGAGAGACUUUCCAAGGAUUUUGUAUUCAUGCUGGUGGAAGAGCUAUUAUUGAUGGACUUCAAGAAAAUUUAAAUCUUACUGAUGAAGAUUGCAUGCCUUCAAGAGCUGCCUUAUAUAGAUUUGGAAAUACUUCUUCUUCAUCUAUUUGGUAUGAAUUUAAAUUUAUUGAAAGAAUUCAUACCUUACAAAAAGGAGAUAAAGUUUGGCAAAUUGGAUUUGGUUCAGGAUUAAAAUGUAAUUCUGUUGUUUGGAAGAAGAUCAAUUAA